AACCAUCCUGUUUUACUAACGAACAACAAGUUCAAGCCCUCCAAAGAUUACUUCGGAUUUUAGACUUAAACGAUUGGUUAGAAUUAGCCCGCAAAAUUGACCCGACUAAUUAUGACCCUUUACCUUAUCAGUUAAUACGGAAGCGAACUAUCUCUCGUCUUCAACAAUUAAUUCAAAGUUUUAGUUCCCCAGCUUUUGGGGCAUUAGCUACGGAAACUAUUCCGCUCUCUGAAAUCAGUGCUCUCUGUGCUAAAUUAGAUUAUUUUCGUUCUUACUCCUACCUAAUUCCUGAGCGAACUGAGGACAUUGAAAAAACAUAUCAGCAACUGGGAGAGAAGUUAAAAGUUUAUCAAGCUUAUCAAUUUAGCCGUAAACCUAAGUAUAAACUCAUAAAUAUUUUUCUCAUGCCUGAAUUAAAUAUAAAUAACCCUAAAAUAAAGCAACUUAAAGAAUUAAUCGAAAAAGAAAAAAAAGCAGUGAUGGAGCAAGUUGGAGCAUGUUUAACCGAACUUGUUCUUAAUACAAUUCCCUCAAUAAAUCAAACUAAUUUUGCCGAAAAUUUUUACAAUACUUAUAAUGAACUUUUAACUCGUUUAUGUGCUUUCUUAGAGGAAGAUUUAUCUACCUUACUGAAUGAUUUAGAUAGCAAUUUAGAAAGUCGAACUUCUAUUGAUUAUCGCCCCCAAAUUCACCGGUUAGAGACCCAAGUAGAGGACUACCGAGCGGAAUUAAACGAAUUUCACCGAACAAAUACUGAAUUAAAAACUGAAAACGAUACUUUAAAAAUCGAACUAAAAAAACGCCAAGAAAAUAAUGAUGCUAAAUGGAAGCGAAUAAGCAAUGAAUUAGACUGUUUAAAAGCCGAAAAGGAAAAAUAUUUAUUCCAAUUAAAAGAUUGA